AUGUCUUCACCUGCAAUACCGAAGCAUUAUACCGUGCGUAUACCGAAGCGCAGUGGAUUUAGACGUUAUUCAAUUUUAAAAUUCAACGGUACUUUAAAAAUUGAUCCAGGCAAAUGGGCAACGGCUGACUACAAUAUACGAAUGGCACGUGAAGAUAAUAAAGAGCAAGCAGCUGUAAAUGAAAUUCGGCAGGACUAUGGAGAAGGCUCCGAAUAUGGUAAAGCAUUGCGAGAAGAAGCACGACGCAAGAAAUACGGCCGACAGCUACAAACCUAUCAACAUGACAAUCAACCUUGGGUGUUAACUAUUACAGAUUCAAGUACGAAAGAACGAAAGUUUCGUAGCAUUCGUGAAGGUGGAGCAGGAGAACAUGCAGAUUAUUGGGUGUUUUUGAAAUCGGGGGAAGAAUUUCAUGCUUACAAAGUUGACGAGUGGUAUCAAUUUAUGCCAUUCUCUACUCAUCGAACUCUUGACAUUGAUCAAGCAGAAGAACGGUUUCGUGAACGAAACCGUGUCAUGAAUCAGUUCGCCCUAAAAGCUCAGAUACAGCAGCAGUUAAGGGCUAUGGAUGAAGAUGGUGAACAAAUGAUAAAAACAACGAAGUCACUUAAGAUUAAAGAUGAAGCCAGUUCGGAUGAGAAUUCUGAUGGUGAGAAAGGUGACGAUGAGGAUGAUGCUCCCGUGGGAAGUUUGAAACCGAAAAAGAAUUCGAAACCCACUGGUCGAGCUCAGAAAGACAAAAGGCAACGAGUAGAAAAUGCAGAUGAGGUAGCAGCUUAUGAAAGUGAUGAUGGCGAUGAUGAGGGUCGGGAGUAUGACUAUAUGAGUGAUAGUGGUUCAGAAAGCGACCGGGAUACCGUCCCUAUGGAACAAAAGGUGGAUGAGGCAAUGGUUGCCGUGGGUGACGAAAUAGGUCUAAAAAAGUUGAUUGGCGAUGAUUUUUCUGAUAGCGACAGUAGUGAUGUGGACGAUAUCAAUUCAUCGGGUAGUGACUCGGAUGAUCCUGAUAAGGAAAUUAACUCUGCAAUCUUCUUACCCGUGAAAAAAGCCCUAGAAGAACCAUCAUCAUCAGCAAGGAAAAGACCAUUAGAAAAUGCAACUUUAGCAGAUAAUGAGGUGAAGAAAAUCAAAACCGAACAAUCGCUUACAGCAUCAUUGGAUUCUAUACAACCGAUAGCAAAUCAGGAUGGUUUAAAUGAAGAGACAGUUCGACGGUAUCUUCGGAGAAAACCUCAUACAACGAAAGAAUUACUUUCUAAAAUCAAGUCAAAAUGCGGUGAUAUGGAAAAAUCGGAAAUAGUACAAAAACUGGCCGCUAUAUUGAAACGAAUAGAACCACAUCAGUUUAAACAGAAGCAUGGCAAGAAAGAAGUACUAUUUUUUUCAUUAAACAAUAAUCUUGGUUGA